UCAGAAUGGCGACCGGAAAUAAAAGACACUGCGCAUGCGUGGCUUGAAGGCGGGUGUGCACUACUGGACAAGACAUGCGCAGUACAAGUUCUUGGUCUCGUUGAAGCACCGACAGCCAUGAUUACAUGGGUGCAAGGAAUUAACCAGAAACAUGUCACAUUUAUCAACCGCAAGACCGUGUGCCACCAUAGUGGAAAUUUCAUUGUUUUUACUGACACUGAAACAAGGCGUCAGUCUCUUUUACAGUGUCCAUCUGGGGGUAUCGGGGCAUUUGCUGUUAAUAUGUGCAUUGAAGUGGUGGCAUUUAGUGAUAAGAAACUGCCUCCAAAUAUCCAUGUAUUCACCUUCCCUGGACUCGUGAAGAGAGCAGAACUGAAAGGUGCAGCCCAACUAGAAUAUUCCAUGCUGGCCUUCAGUCACUCAGGACACUACUUGGGUAGUUACUCAUCAGUUCCAGACCACCUACUUACAAUCUGGAACUGGCAGGAAGGCGUUGCCCUAUGCAGUGUAUCAGAUACCAGAUCCAUCUUCACCAGUUUGACCUUUAACCCCAUGGAUUGGCAUCAGUUGUGCCUGUGUAGUGAAGACUGCCUUACUCUUUGGAAUAUUGAAGUCUGUGAUACGGUGUACCAUCUGAAAUCAACGCCAGUCAAGCUUCUCAAUGAAGAUGGUGUCAUGGCUGAAGAAGAUGGCCGCCUUCGUGUUCAGCCGGACAGUCUGCUGUCCUACUAUGGGCCUCAGAUGCCCUUACCUGCCAUAGCUGGCUUAAUAGGUGAUGAGGCAGAAGGAUUCAUACCAAAAGAACAAAGAAAACCAGCAGUUAAACCCAGUACCCAUUGCUGGAGCACAACAUCGAAUGUGUUUGUUGGAUGUAAAGGAGGACAACUACUUUCUGUAAACCCUGAGACACAGAAAAUGACUCUUCUCAACCUAACUGCUGGGGAGACACCAAGAGCUGCUUUAUAUGAGGGAAACAUUAAAACUAUGGCUCUUCACAGGGAUGGACUAUACAUAGGCGGAAGCGAUGGCAUUUUAUGGGUAUGCUCCAUAAAAGGUUCAGAGUUUAAAAUGAAGGAAUGUUGGAAUGCAAAGGAACCUAUUGAGUGCAUCAGUUUUUCGCCAAAUUACAAGGCGCUAUCCAUUGCAACACAAAAGGGUUCUGUGUAUAUAUAUAACAUCAAACAGUCUGGAGACCCCAUUCAGAUACUGAAUACUUGUAAUGACAAACUGACUGCUGCUGAUUUUUUGACAAAUGGAAACAAGUACUGCCUGAGCGUUGGCCGAUCAGGAGGAGUGCAGAUCUGGUCACUGGAGGACGGAGCGAACAUCAGCUCACUAAAUAUUGAUAUACAGGCAACUUGCAUGGCAUGCUGCCCAUCUUCCCAUUAUGCAGCGAUUGGGAGCAGCAGUGGGCAUGUCUUCUUUGUUGAUGUUGUUAAAGUAAAAGCUCCUCGAAUAAUUGCAAGGAAGAGACUUUCUCAUGUCCCUGUGCUGCAUCUGCUUUUUGAUCAAAAAGGCAGUGUUCUUAUGACCGGGGCUGCAGAUGGACACAUAUUCAUUCUGGAUGCAAGGCCAUCAUGUUCAUUCCAGGUUCUUGGAUACACAGUGGUUGGUGGAGAUAUUUUGUCAUUGUCAUUACUAAGCUCAGUGGAUUCACCGCAAAUUAAAGCCCUGGCUCUUGUCUGCCCCAUGGGGGAGAAGGAAGAAGAGGAGGGAGGCACCCAGCUGGAAUUGUUUUCUCUGACGCUGAAAAACAUGCAGAGUCCCAAUGAAUAUGUUGAUCAGCGUGGGAUGUUUAAAGACACCAUGAUCCAAAAGUGCCAAUACAGGGUGGAGCAGCUUUUAUUUUCAGCCGUUCUGGGAAGCAAUGGCAAUUCUGUCUAUGGUCACUGCAGUGACUCACCAUUUCUUUACAAGUUUGCCCUGCCAAAGGAAACAUCUGGUGAUGCGGUCAAAGUUCUGCCGGCAGAAAAAAAAAUUCAGGGAAGCCAGCUGGGACCUGGCUACCUCUGCUUGUCUCCUCAUCAUAAAUGGCUGUCAGUAUCAGCAGCAGAUGGUAUGUUGUAUCUUCAAGAUUCUUUAAGUUUGGAAACCUUUGCUCGGGUGUGUUGCCAUUCAUACCUCACAGGAGGCAUUGGCUCAAUGGCAUUUUCUUUAGAUGGACACGCACUCAUUACUACAGGAGUGGGGGAUGGUACAGUUGUUUGUCUAACAUGGAGACAUCCUGGAAAUAAUGUAGUGAAUGAAGCUUUUGAAUAUGGUCGGACUCUGAGCAUUUCCCUUCAAGGUAUUACAUUUGUGGAAGAUGAGGCUUUACGGAAAAUGCCACCAUGGAGCCCUGAUUCAGAUCUCUCACUUGCAACGGACCAAGAGGAAAUCCAGCUUAGCGUUGAGAUGACUGAGCAAGAUGACAGCUACACAAGCUCACCAGAUCCCACUUGGCUUGAUCACAAAUUUGCUGAAGCUAUAAAAGAAGAAGAGGAGAAAUAUGCCAACCAAAAGAAGAAUCUCAAGAAUGGCAUAAAAGGACUAAGGCAGAAAAUACAAGCUAUGAUGCGAGAGAAUGAAUCCUUACCUGACAUUGAAAAGUUGGACCAGCAAGAAUUUAACUUGGAUACAGAAGAGCAGGAAAGGCUCCGGGCCGAAAGUGAGCAGGAAGUGGAAAGAGUUCAAAGAGAAAUUGAGCUGGAAAACUUGUCGAAACAAUAUUUACGUGAAAUCAUUAAAAAGGAAUGCUGGGAUUCGAUGUCAGUAAAAGGACGUUCAGUUAUGUCUUUUCAUACAGAACAUGAAGUGACAAACUAUCCUUUGAAAGAACGUACAGCGAAGGAACUGGAAGAUAUUGCCAGAGUGUUGAAUGUCAAAAAGACGGAAUCUGUUGAUCUCAAAAUCAGAAAGGAAAUUGUUGAGGUUCAGGCAAAAAUUGGAACAGAUGAAGAGGAAGAAGUGGAAGAGGAGACUGACAACAGUCAUGAUGCCACAUCUCUGAUUGGGAGCCUGAGUGAUCAGUAUGGCGGAGAUACCUCCAACCUGUAUAGCCAGUUGGAAAUGCACAGUCGAGAGGAGAAAAUAAACCAAAUCAUAUUGCUGCAGGACAUUAUCUAUACUGUGAAAACUGGCUUCAACAAAGAGUUUGACGUGGUCUACAGACAGAAGGAGCAAGAAGUUACUCGUGUGAACGAAAGGAAUCAGAGAAUCCUAGAGAUAAUGUCUGAGCUAAAUAUACAAGAAAAAUUAAUAGAGCCCAAAUUUACAGACAAUGAAAAGCCGGAAAGAGCCCUCACCGUGGAUGAUUCAGAGAUAAAGGUUGAAAAUUUUUUAACACCUGGGCAAAAAACAAAGGCAGAGCAGCAAGCGAAGCAGGAAGAGGCGAAGCGUUUGGCUGCACAGGAAGACAAUGCCAAACAGCGAGCUCUCAAUGACAUGAUGGGAGGCGUCUUGGAGGUGAAGAAGGAAGAUAUUUUGAGAAUGGAAGUGGCACAACCAGGUUUCUUGUCCAAAGCCGAGACGGAAUGGACUGAAGAUGAAAAAAAGCAGUUCAAGGACUAUGAUAAAAAAUGUAAGGAUCUCAAUGAGGAGAAGGAAAAGUACAGGAAGAUACUAGAGGCGGAAAUGAAGAAGAUUCAGGCAUCUAUCAUGGAAACCACGCUAGCUUUUGAUGAGAUCUUGACUAGAUUAUUUGAAAAAAAAGUGAAAUGUGAAAUGGUCAUCUAUCAGGAAGAACUGAAAAUAAGCAAUCUUAUGUUCUCAAUACUCAUCGAAGAAGAGAUGAAUAUCAGAGCGGCACAACUGAACCAGAUCAUGGACAAGAAUCGGAAACAGAAGAAUCAAACAUCUGACCUAGUUAAGACUUUUAAAGCAGCAGUGGAAUCUUUUCGGGAGUCUUAUGAUGACCUAGUGGCUGAAGAUAAGUUGUUAGAUCGUGGCUUCAAGAAGGAAUUUUCUGAUGUUUCCGCUCACCUUGUGGAUCAGCUUUAUAAACUGUACAGAAAAAGACCAAGAGUUCAGCGACUGAGGACUCAGACAGAAAGUGAGGCGCCAUUUGGUGAUCGGCCAGGAUCAGCAAAAGCUCAUAAUGACUCAAUUGUUCAGCUAAUGAAAGCUAUGGAUGAAUUUGAUGCUGCGGAGCAUAUGCCAGAAGGACUGGAUCUUCCAGUGUGGGAGCGUUUCUGUCUGGCAAGGAGGUCAAAAAUGGAAUAUGAACAGCAAGUAAAGCGCAAGGCCUUGGUUUUAGCUGAGAUGCAGGAAUUCCUACAUAAAAGAAUUGAGGAAGAUGAACAAACAUGGCAGAACAUUGAGGAUAUUAUGCAAGAACUCAAUAUAUUGCGGAAUGAGAAAAUGAAGUUUCAACUAGAUCUGACUGUCCAGUUCAUACUAAAACAAGGUCAAGUGGAAGUGGAGAACUCUGACCUAAUUCCCAACUAUGCAGAUGCCAUACUUCUUCACAGGAGUGUCAUAGAAGACCUAAACAGCAAUAUACGGGGUUUAGGAGAGCAGAAAAUAGCAAGCAUGGUGGAAAGCAAAGACUUCCGGAAAGGAAUCUUCCAGCUUGAGUGGGAACAUAAAAAGAUACGUAUGGAGAUGGAAGACCUGAAGAAGAAGUCCAGAGAUAUUACAAUGCUUCGUGUGACAAAAGAAAUUCAAGCAUUCCUCAAUGAAACAAACUACGACAUGCGCAUAUCUAAUCAGAUGCAAAUCCUGGAAGAGACCAUUCACGUUCAAGAAAAACAACAUGAGAAAAAUGUGAAACAAUACAAACAAGCUAUAAAGGACCUGGAAAAGCAUAUCAGUAGAAAGAAAGAGACAAAUACACAGCUAGACAAGGAGCUACAGGACACACUUAUCGCCUUCUCAGAGAGGAAGCAUAUUUAUCAUGUGGUUGGAGUAGAACAGAAUUCAGAGAAGAAUGCCAAGGACAGAUACAUGGACAUCGUCCAGCGCAGGAAACUGGUUGAUCUUGUGAAGGCUCAAGCUCAAGAGAUUGCUAUGCUCCGAACUGAAUUAGAUCGAUUAAGGAUGAAAACUUUCCCUGCACUAGUACAAAUGGAUUACUAG